CCGUUGCAGAGUUGUUCAAUGCUGCUUCCAUUGAUGAGGUCUGUUUUGGACCGAGUUCGACGAUGAUUAUCGAGAACAUCGCUAGAGCGCUCGAAAACGAUAUCCAACCCGGAGAUGAAUUCAUCAUUACUUAUGAACAUGAAGCCAACAACGGUCCUUGGAAGCGUUUGGCUGAGCGGCGCAAUGCCGUGGUCAAAUAUUGGCAACCUACGCCAAUAUCUGCGGAAAACCCUUACUCAGUUACAUACAAGGUCGAAGAACUGUUGCCACUGGUGUCUUCACGAACCAGACUGGCCGCCAUCACUGCAUGCUCCAAUAUUUUGGGAUCGUUGGUUCCUGUGGAAGAAGCAGUAAAGGCACUUCGCCAGCGUGCCAAAGAACAGGGCGCAAGAAAGGUCGAGGUGUCUGUGGAUUGUGUUGCAUACGCACCACAUAGAAAGAUGGACGUAAAAAAGUGGGAUAUUGAUUACUGUGUGUUCUCUUUGUACAAGGUGUACGGGACUCAUAAUGCUGCUGCCUACGUGCGGUCGGCGGCUCUGCAGACAUCUCUUACAUCUAUCGCACAUCAUUUCCUGAAGGUGGACGACAAGCCAUAUAAGUUGCAACCAGGUGGUCCAGGCUACGAGCUGGUGUAUGGUGCAACGGCAGUUGUGCCAUAUCUAAAGUCCUUGACUCCAGAAGAUGAUCUUGCAGCCUCUUUCGAUGCAAUCGCAAAUCACGAGCAAAAACUUGUGGCUCCUCUACUCCGCUUUUUGACGGACGCAAAACAAGCUAACAGGGGUGUUCGCAUUGUUGGGACAAGCGAGAUCAAUCUCUCAAGAGUUCCUACUGUCAGCUUUGUUGUCGUCGGACAGAACGCGAUCAAGAGCAAGGAUAUCGUAGGAGCGUUUGACAAAAAGGGAGGGAUCGGAAUUCGAUACGGCCACUUUUACGCGUAUUCUCUUGUUGACAAUCUACGCCCCAAACUGGACGUAGAUGACGGGGUCGUCCGCAUCUCACUUGUCCACUAUAACACUGUCGAGGAAGUGGAGAAGAUCGUAGGACAUUUUGAGGGAAGUUUUGGCUUGAGCAAUAAUGUAAAAUUGUAUGAAGAUGUAUGUAACUAUCUGGGAACAUUCUGGGGAUGUAUUUUUCUAGCAUGGUGCAUCAACAGUGCAUAUAUGGUCUCGAGGGUCAUUACCGUCGUAAGCUGUAUGCCGCAGAGGAUACUACAAGGCUGCUUAUCUCAGCACGGAGGUCCUCGUCCCGAGU